AGGUGGCAGUUACUACCAAAAAAAAAGUGGCAGUAAAACGGUGCGUUUAGACUCGUCUUCCUCACUGAGCGAGUGUGGAUCUAGCGAAGUAGAAGAAGAUGCAGUGGUACUUAGUCGCUACGCUUCUCACCGUUCUCACCAGUUCUCAGGGAAUACUAACAACUCUAUCACAAACCAAUGGAACGUAUAAGUACGAUUAUGCAACUGUACCAUUUCUCGCUGAGGUUUUUAAGCUUGCUGUGUCAAGUUUGUUACUUUGGAAGGAAUGUCAAAAAUCGCCUCUUCCAAAGAUGACAACGGAGUGGAAAACAGUUUCUUUGUAUCCAAUUCCUUCUGUUAUAUAUCUCAUUCAUAAUAAUGUUCAGUUUGCUACCCUCACUUUUGUGGAUACUUCCACUUAUCAGAUCAUGGGUAAUUUGAAGAUUGUUACUACUGGAAUAUUAUUCAGGCUUUUCUUAGGGAGGAAGCUUUCCAACUUGCAGUGGAUGGCCAUUAUGCUGUUGGCGGUCGGAACAACCACAAGUCAGGUCAAGGGCUGUGGAGAGGCUUCCUGUGAGUCCCUUUUCUCAGCACCAAUUCAGGGUUACAUGUUAGGAGUUCUAUCUGCUUGUCUCUCAGCAUUAGCUGGAAUUUAUACCGAGUUUUUGAUGAAGAAAAACAACGACACCUUAUACUGGCAGAAUAUACAGUUGUACACGUUUGGUUCAAUUUUCAAUCUGGCAAAGCUUAUUGUGGAUGAUUUUAGAGGUGGCUUUGAAAAUGGGCCCUGGUGGCAUCGCAUUUUUAAUGGAUACACUGUCACCACCUGGUUGGUGGUAUUAAAUCUAGGGUCUACCGGUCUUUUGGUUUCAUGGUUAAUGAAACAUGCUGAUAAUAUUGUUAAGGUCUAUUCCACAUCCAUGGCAAUGCUGCUUACAAUGAUUCUAUCAACAUUCCUCUUCAGUUUCAAACCUACAUUGCAGCUAUUCUUGGGAAUUAUUAUUUGUAUGAUGUCUUUACACAUGUAUUUUGCCCCACCAAACAUGCUCUUAGAUAUGCCAUUAACAGUUAAACCUGAUGAAGAAGAGAGGCUCAUUGAAGUUUCUGUUGAUCGGAGAACACAUUCAUGAUAUAUAUUGACAUCUGAAUACAAUGCUUUGGUUUUUCCUCCUAUUAAAGUAAUCUGUUCUAUAGAAGAGUUGCAGAAUAUAUAUUUUUCAAUCUGCAAUGCGAGUGGCAUAUUCAUUCGGACAACUUCGACUCUACAUUGCUAAUAGCUAAUUUGAACUCCAAGCACUGAAGGAAAAUAUGGUUUUAACAUUCAAUGAAAUGCACAAAAUGUGAUUUAACUUCUCUCUGCUGGUUCUGAUAGGGGUGCUACCUAUUUUACCCUCUAUGGCACAAGAAGUCAAGGCAGCCUCCAUAUUUCUACCUCUUGCCGUACAAACUAAACAAUUUUCCCGUCGUAGUUAAUUUGAAGAGUUAUGUUUACAGUUUGAUGCCCGUAUAAUAUGCUCCCUGUUUGUGUUUGUAUUAAAAGGGAUGAAGGGUUUGUUUGAUUUUUAUCUCUUUGCUUAUAGCUAAAGGACUCGAGGAAGAAAAAAAAUCUGGUGUUUGAAAUUGAAAAUUGUUGUUAUAGCAAAGACAAAAGAUGAAGCUUUGUACUCAUAUAAGUAUUUGUCAUUCAAUGUUGGCGUAUAAUUUGUUGGUUGCA